AUGGCGCUGAGCCGCGGCGGGACAGCGGCCGCCCUCCCGCUGCUGCCGCGGCGGUUGGCGGCCACCCGGGCGGCGGCGGCGGGCGCGCAGGCCCCCGGGAACGUGGUGCGCGUCCCUUGGGCCCUGCGGCUGCGCCUGCAGCGGGGUGCGCAGCGCCGUCGGCGCGGGCAAGGGGAGGCGGCGGCGGCGGCGCGGCCCGGGAAGCUGCUGCUGCGGAGCCGGCGGCCAGAGCUGAGCCAGCCCCGCUGGCAGACGGUGGGGCGCUGGGAGCGGCCGCAGCUGGUGUCGGCGGGCUGGAAGCACAGGAAGGCCUGCGGGGACUACUUCCAGCUGGAGCCAUCACAGGAGGCGGCUCCCGGCCUGCAGGCGCCGCCGCCUGACGCGGGGCAGGGCCCGUCCUUCGCCGAGAUGGGGCUGCAGCCAGCGCUGCUGGCCGGCCUGGAGGGCUUCUCCAUCGGCCGCCCCACGGCGGUGCAGCGCCUCGCCAUCCCCGCGCUGCGCCGCGGCCGCAGCGCCCUCUGCGCCGCCGAGACCGGCAGCGGCAAGACGCUGGCCUACCUGCUGCCGCUGCUGGACGAGCUGCUCUCCCGCCCCGACGGGCCGGCGUCGGAGGCGGCGGGGCCGGCGUCGCCCCGCGGGCUGGUGGUGCUGCCGUCGCGGGAGCUGGCGGCGCAGGUCGGCGCGGUGGCGGCGGCGCUGUGCCGGCCGGCGGGGCUGCAGGUGCGCGGGCUGACGGGCGGCGGCGCCGCGGGCGGGCUGCGGAGGCAGCUGCGGGCGCCGCCGCCGGGUGCCGCCGUGCUGCUGGGCACCCCCGGGGCGCUGCGGGAGGCGCUGCGGCGGCGCUUCCUGGCCCUGGGGCGGCUGCGCUGGAUGGUGCUGGACGAGGCGGACGCCCUGAUGGACGACUCCUUCGUGGAGCCGCUGGAGGAGAUCCUGGCACACGCGCCCCUGGCCGCUGGCGCCCCCGGGCCGGCUGGCCCCGGGGAGGCGAGGACCCAGGUGGUGGUGGUUGGAGCCACCUUCCCCGCGGGGCUGAGCCAGACGCUGGGGAAGUUCACCGACGUGGGCCGGUUUGUCACCCUUGCCACCCAGAGCCUGCACCGCCUGCCACCCCAUGUCCAGCAGAAGUUUUUCCGCCUCAAAGGCCGGGACAAGCUGCCCGAACUGCUGCAGCUACUCAAGGAGCACCCAGCAUCUGGUGGGGCUGUUCUUAUCUUCUGCAACAGUGCCAGCACUGUCAACUGGCUGGGCUACGUCCUGGAUGACCACAAAAUCAAGCACCUGAGGUUGCAGGGACAGAUGUCAGCAGCUGCUAGAGCUGGCAUCUUUGCCUCCUUCCAGAAGGGUGACGUGUCUGUCCUUGUCUGCACUGACCUUGCCUCGCGGGGGCUGGACACCAGCAGUGUGCAGCUAGUGGUCAACUAUGACUUCCCAGACACCCUGCAGGACUACCUGCACCGUGUGGGGCGAGUUGGACGGGUUGGAAGCAAGGCCCCUGGAGCCGUGGUUAGUUUUGUGACCCAUCGGUGGGAUGUGGACCUGGUGCGGAAAAUAGAGACUGCAGCCCGGAAAAGGACAGGUCUCCCAGGCAUGGACUCCUCUAUUAAUAAGCCUCCACCUAAAGGAGGUUGAUUCAGGUUGCCAAGCAGUAAUAAAUGGCCUGGUAGGGACUAAGCUUGAAGUCAUUAAGGCAGAGCACAUCAGCUUCUGUGUGUAAGCUAGACUGAAAGAAUAGAGAAUUGAGUUUCAGAACCAGGUGAUAAGGUUAACUUUGUGCGCUGUUCUGGAAGCUGCAUGUCAUUUCCAUAGGCAUCACAACUCAUGGCUUUCCAAAAGGAAGCUAGUGAGUGAGUAACCAAAUGCCUUUGGAGAAGACUGAAGAAUGAUCUCAUCAGUUGAUUUUGUUUAGUUUUGUUGAGACUUUUAACUUUUAUUCAAAUCAGAAUGAAAGUAUGCCUGUAUGAUGUGCAGCUUUGUUGCAUUUCAUUGCUUCCCACCACCAGCAGCUAAACAUUCAUUAUUAAAACUUAAGAAUUACUACUGUGACAGGGAAAAAAAAAAAAUUUUCCUAACUUUGAUAUAACUUUGACCAAUUAUAGAUACCUGUAGAAAGACUAAAGGACAAGUUAUAUUUGAUUUUCUUGCAAUGUAGCAGUUCAUUCAGAGAAUUCUUGAUCAGAUACCUCUAAAGUUUGGUGGGAAUGAGAAGGCACAAUAAAGCUUGAGGCUUUUUCAAGGUCUUAAUUUGUCAUUUUAUGGUUACCUUUCACUGAGAAAGGGCAUCUUGCUGCUUCAUGUUCUAUUAAACAACAACAAAAAAGCCAUUAAGUAUUUUCUGCUCAUUUUUUUUGCAUGCUGUAGUGACACGUCCAGUCUCUGAACUGAUUCUCAAAAAAAAUCCCCUACUCACCAAAAAAUGUCUCCUGUUAAAGCAAAGAAGUGUGUUGACUCACAGGUAACACAGUGAGUACAAGAUUUCUUUUGAAUAUCGUGCCAUUGUUCUUUUCUGCUUUAAACCAAAAGGAUUAAAGUGAGGCUAGUUUGUAUCCAUGGUAAAAAAUCACAAAAAAAUAGCAUUUUAGCUCUGAUUUCUGUUGCAGUGAUUUAUCACAGCCUUUUCUUUUAGUGGUUGUUUUUCCCAUGCUAUCCACUUUAGCCUGUGCUAAAACUCAGUAUGUAGAAAUAGUAAACUGUUAAAUGAAGAGAUCACAGCAUAGUAUCUAAAUCAUUGGUUUCAGACGAAGUAAGGCACUGGAGCUAUUCUUAGUAUGCUGAGACUAAAAACUAAAACAGAAAACUUGCACAAGUAAUCACUUAAGGAUAAGGCUAUAUAACCUUAUCCUACAAAUUGUACACAUGUACUCUGUUCAUAUUGCACAGUUAAGGGGCUCUUAGGGGAAGUUACAAGCUGUGAUAAAAUGAUUUAAUACAAUAGAAAGCUUUCAAAUUUAUAGAAAUACAGUGGAAGGGUGAUCCACUCAGAAACUGGAAACCUUUCUAUUUUGGACCCAUUCAUUGCAUGGACUACUUGCCUCUUAUCUGUAGUUCAUUUAACUGCAAAUCAGGCAAUUUAUGUGUCCACAAGCAGAAGCUUACUGUUCAUGUAUAGGAGUAGGUUAAA